AGCAGGUGACAGGCGCUGUGACAGCACUGAGGAACAAAUAACCAGAGCAAGCUAACCGAGAACAACAUGAAGGAAAUAAAGCUAUACAUAACCAUUGGCCUGUUACUCCUUCAAAGCAGUGUUAGAGCUCAGACGACAAAUAUUACUACAAUGACGCAAGGACCUUCAGUGUCAACUGACAGCAUGACAUCACCUGUACCAUCUGCUAGCUCAGUUUCAGUAACUCCUGGAAUCUCUCUUCCCACAACAAAUCAAUCAACUGUUCCUGAAAGUUAUUCCCUCCUAUCAACUACAUCACAAUCAACAGGAACAAGUGCUUCUUAUCCAACAGCAUCAGGUUACACAAGUUCCACUCCAUCUACUGUUUCCACAAGCCCAUCAGUAGCAAUGGGUAGUUCAGUGACAACUGCUAACCCAGCUACCUCAGCCACAACAUUAGCAGUCACAUCAGAAGGGUCGACAAGUUCUUCUCCAUCAACUCAAAGCUCAGUGGUAACAGGCAGUGGGUCUUCAAGCUCUCCAGCAGCACAGAGUCCAAUAGUAACAACUAGUUCCGCCAGAAAUUAUGUGUCAACAACUACAAGUGCAGCUGGAAGUUCCUCUGCAACGAGUUCUCUCAAAACGACUGUUGACUUUAUGACUUCAACAGUACCUGGGAGUUCUCCUGCAACAACACUUCUAACAUCACCUGGAUACACCAUUUCUGCUUCAGGAACAAAAGAGACCUCUACUGCAACAACUGUCAGCUCUAUGAAAACUACUUUAUAUCCUGUGACAUCACCCACAGAUUCAACAGCAAUUUCAGUAGGUUCCACAAGUUCUUCUCCAGCAGCACUAAGUGUAAGCAGUUCUGGGACUCCCACCACAAAUUAUUUGCCGAUAACUGUACAAGCAACUGGAAGUUCUUUUCCAAUAACUGCGACUUCUAUCAAAACAACAUUUGACUCCAUGCCUUCGACCACAAGUUCUGCAACAACAACACUUGGUUUCACAAGCUCUCCUUCAGCAACACAGAGUCAAACAGUAACAAGCAAUUCAGGAACUUCUACCACAGCUCAUCUAACAACACUUGGAUACACCACUGCUGCAACAGGAACAACAGAGAGUUCUUCUGCAACAACUGCAAGCAAUAUGAAAACUACUUCACUCACAGAUUCGACAGCAAUUUCAGUUGGUUCCACAAGCUCCUCUCCAGCAGCACUAGGUGUAAGCAGUUCUGGGACUUCUGCCACAAAUUAUUUGUCGACAACUGCGCAAGCAACUGGAAGUUCUUCUGCACCUCCAACUCCAGUCAAAACAACAUUUGACUCCAUGCCUUCAACCACAGGUUCUGCAACGACAACACUUGGUUUCACAAGCUCUCUUUCCACAACACAGAAUCAAACAGUAACAAGCAAUUCAGGGACUUCUACAACAGCUAAUGUAACAACACCUGGUCACUCCACUUCUGCAUUAGGAACAACACAGAGUUCUAUUGCAACAAUCACAGGGUCUGCAACAACAACACUUGGUUUCACAAGCUCUCUUUCCGCAACACAGAAUCAAACAGUAACAAGCAAUUCAGGGACUUCUACCACAGCUAAUGUAACAACAUCUGGUUACUCCACUUCUGCAUCGGGAACAACAGAGAUUUCUACUGCAACAACUGCAAGCUCUAUGAAAACUACUUCACCCAUAGAUUCAACGACAAUUUCAGUUGGUUCCACAAGUUCCUCUCCAGCAGCACCAAGUGUAGGCGGUUCUGGGAUUUCCGCCACUAAUUAUUUGUCGACAACUGCGCAAACAACUGGAAGUUCUUCUGCAUUUCCAACUUCAGUCAAAACAACAUUUGACUCCAUGCCUUCAACCACAGGGUCUGCAACGACAACACUUGGUUUCACAAGCUCUCUUUCCACAACACAGAAUCAAACAGUAACAAGCAAUUCAGGGACUUCUACAACAGCUAAUGUAACAACACCUGGUUACUCCACUUCUGCAUUAGGAACAACACAGAGUUCUACUGCCACAACCACAGGUUCUGCAAUGACAGCACUUGGUAUCACAAGCUCUCCUUCAGCAACACAGAAUCAAACAGUAGCAAGCAAUUCAGGGACUUCAAUCACAGCUAAUGUAACAACACCUGGUUACUCCACUUCUGCAUUAGGAACAACACAGAGUUCUACUGCAACAACCACAGGUUCUGCAACAGCAACACUUGGUUUCACAAGCUCUCUUUCCGCAACACAGAAUCAAACAGUAACAAGCAAUUCAGGGACUUCUACAACAGCUAAUGUAACAACACCUGGUUACUCCACUUCUGCAUCGGGAACAACAGAGAGUUCUACUGCAACAAGUGCAAGCUCUAUGAAAACUACUUCACACAUAGAUUCAACAACAAUUUCAGUUGGUUCCACAAGUUCCUCUCCAGCAGCACCAGGUGUAGGCGGUUCUGGGAUUUCUGCCACUAAUUAUUUGUCGACAACUGCGCAAACAACUGGAAGUACUUCUUCAUUUCCAACUUCAGUCAAAACAACAUUUGACUCCAUGCCUUCAACCACAGGUUCUGCAACGACAACACUUGGUUUCACAAGCUCUCUUUCCACAACACAGAAUCAAACAGUAACAAGCAAUUCAGGGACUUCUACAACAGCUAAUGUAACAACACCUGGUUACUCCACUUCUGCAUUAGGAACAACACAGAGUUCUACUGCCACAACCACAGGUUCUGCAACAACAACACUUGGUUUCACAAGCUCUCUUUCCGCAACACAGAAUCAAACAGUAACAAGCAAUUCAGGGACUUCUACCACAGCUAAUGUAACAACACCUGGUUACUCCACUUCUGCAUCGGGAACAACAGAGAGUUCUACUGCAACAAGUGCAAGCUCUAUGAAAACUACUUCACACAUAGAUUCAACAACAAUUUCAGUUGGUUCCACAAGUUCCUCUCCAGCAGCACCAGGUGUAGGCGGUUCUGGGAUUUCUGCCACUAAUUAUUUGUCGACAACUGCGCAAACAACUGGAAGUUCUUCUGCAUCUCCAACUUCAGUUAAAACAACAUUUGACUCCAUGCCUUCGACCACAGGUUCUGCAAUGACAGCACUUGGUUUCACAAGCUCUCCUUCAGCAAUACAGAAUCAAACCGUAACAAGCAAUUCAGGGACUUCUACCACAGCUAAUGUAACAACACCUGGUUACUCCACUUCUGCAUUAGGAACAACACAGAGUUCUACUGCCACAACCACAGGUUCUGCAACAACAACACUUGGUUUCACAAGCUCUCUUUCCGCAACACAGAAUCAAACAGUAACAAGCAAUUCAGGGACUUCUACCACAGCUAAUGUAACAACACCUGGUUACUCCACUUCUGCAUUAGGAACAACACAGAGUUCUACUGCCACAACCACAGGUUCUGCAAUGACAGCAUUUGGUUUCACAAGCUCUCCUUCAGCAACACAGAAUCAAACAGUAACAAGCAAUUCAGGGACUUCUACCACAGCUAAUGUAACAACACCUGGUUACUCCACUUCUGCAUCGGGAACAACACAGAGUUCUACUGCAACAACCACAGGUUCUGCAACAGCAACACUUGGUUUCACAAGCUCUCUUUCCGCAACACAGAAUCAAACAGUAACAAGCAAUUCAGGGACUUCUACAACAGCUAAUGUAACAACACCUGGUUACUCCACUUCUGCAUUAGGAACAACACAGAGUUCUACUGCCACAACCACAGGUUCUGCAAUGACAGCACUUGGUUUCACAAGCUCUCCUUCAGCAACACAGAAUCAAACAGUAACAAGCAAUUCAGGGACUUCUACCACAGCUAAUGUAACAACACCUGGUUACUCCACUUCUGCAUUAGGAACAACACAGAGUUCUACUGCAACAACCACAGGUUCUGCGACAGCAACACUUGGUUUCACAAGCUCUCUUUCCGCAACACAGAAUCAAACAGUAACAAGCAAUUUAGGGACUUCUACAACAGCUAAUGUAACAACACCUGGUUACUCCACUUCUGCAUCGGGAACAACAGAGAGAUCUACUGCAACAAGUGCAAGCUCUAUGAAAACUACUUCACCCACAGAUUCAACAACAAGUUCAGUUGGUUCCACAAGUUCCUCUCCAGCAGCACCAGGUGUAGGCGGUUCUGGGAUUUCCGCCACUAAUUAUUUGUCGACAACUGCGCAAACAACUGGAAGUUCUUCUGCAUUUCCAACUUCAGUCAAAACAACAUUUGGCUCCAUGCCUUCAACCACAGGUUCUGCAACAACAACACUUGGUUUCACAAGCUCUCCUUCAGCAACACAGAAUCAAACAGUAACAAGCAAUUCAGGGGCUGUAGUGGGAAAUGGAGGCAUUUCUGGAAGUUUAUCUUCAACUACAAAUUCCAUCACCAAUACCAAAAACGUUAUUACAGUAACAACUCAAUCUACUCCAUCAUCAUCACCUGGGUCAGGAUCUACACAGUCUACUUCAAUUACUGCAGUUCCUUCAAUUACUGCAAAUGGAGUUUCAUCACAUUCCAAUGAAACAUCAGCAACAGCGGCUAGUCUCACAGUAACAAUCUCUUCUACUUCUCUUACACAAAUUACAACUCCCACCCCAAUUACAGUAACAGAUUCCACAGCCCCACCUUCAAAGGGUGAGGGAUCCAUAGAGCUUGGAUUCAGAAUGAUACGGCAGUUUGAACCAGAUUAUGCAGAUGAGACAACAGUGAAAUAUAAGGAACUUGCAGCAAAUGUUACCACAGAGGUGAAUCGAGGUUAUAGGAUUAUUUUCCCUGUCACGUAUAGGAGGUGUCGGGUAGAGAAAUUUUCCCCAGGGUCAGUGAUUGUCAACAUGACGCUGAUUUUCAGCAGUGAGUCUGUUGUUCCGAACGUAUCGCAAGCUGAAAAUGCUCUUGCAGUAUCUGUAGAAAAAGGAAACACAUUUCUGAAUGUGGAUCUUCCUUCUAUCACUGCCACUCUAUCGACCACAACAAACACCACUACUGCUGCCAGUACAUCCAGUACAUCUGCAACAGCUGCAACCAAUAUGACAUCUGCAACAGCUGCAUCCAAUACGACAUCAGCCAGUACCGCACCAAACACUACACACUCAGGAGCUGCUAGCUUCACCGGAACAAUGCUGAUCUGGGUCACCUUGAUUUACAACACCUAUGCAGAAUUUUGUAAUUGACUAUAGUUACUGUCCAAAGAACUAUGACUAGAACAAAUCUCUGUGUUCUGGAGAUACAUUGUGAUACAAUAGUAAUUGCAGAGUAAUUGUAGAUGAACAGUUAACCCUUAUAGCCCCAAGCUGUCUGCAGGUCAUUUUCACUGGUAUGCACUACAACACACUCAAUAAUUAUUUAAAUAAAUAAAUAAAAAAAAAAACUUUAAAAUAUAUUUCUGCGUUUAAAAUAUAUGAAUGCGUAUCUUACGAUAUUCUGCUUCGCCACGGCCAGUGGCUACUGGAACCUUAAUGAGAGUUCAUUAGUUUAGUGCAAGUGCAAGUGCGUGCUGAGCAACCCGAAAGCCAAUGAAAAUGUAUGUGAUUUGAAUGAGCUCCUGUUCCUGGAGAUGAACCUUCCACUAACCGUAACUGACCCUGCCAGAUCAAUCUAAUCAUUGACUUAAGACGUCCUUGAUUCGCUGAAUGGGGUGCAUUAGAAUUGGGUUGAAGUUGAAAGCUGCAGGAAGGUCAAUCUCCAGGAGGAGGGCAGGUGACCAGUGUCUUCAACCAUAAGUCAAAAUACAUCAUUCAACACUUGUUUUUUUCCACCUCACGAAUCUAACUUGAUCAAAUCUUGCUAUGACAUUGAUCGACUUUAGGCAAUCAUUUUUUAUUUCACACAUGGUGGGAUCACUAGCAUCCCCAUGGGGUUCUAAGGGUUAAUCUAUGUACAAUCGAUCUAUAAGGGAAAUGAUGGAUUAUCUGCUAAGGUGACAUUGUAUGUAAUGCACACACUGGACAUAUAGAGUCAGAUUUACUAACGUAUUUUUGCAAUUUUGGCACUAUAUGUGCCUGUAAUUGUUUGCACUCAGAGAGAAAAGAAUAGAGAGAGUUAUUUAAACACAUUUAUUUAUUUUUAAAAAAUGUACGUGUGUACGUAUGCCGUUUAACACUUUUCUUAUUUAGAUGAAACUGCCAUAGGAGUAAACUGCUUAUUCCUAACACUUUGGGUAUAUUUUACAGCAGCCAUCUUCAGAGUAUGUUUUUUUUUUUUUGCAAAUCAUUGUUAAAAAACAUUUAUUAAUGGCUGUUCAAGCCUUAUAUUACUAAAGCUACCUGUUGUUUCAUUACUUCAUGUUCACAGUGCAUGCUGAGGCAGAAAGAUCACAGCCUGUGAUGCCCUGCACGCAGCCAAGAACUCACUCUGACCAUAAGCUUUAAACAAUACAAUUCCUAAACAAGCAGGAUGCACUCAGGGAAACAAAUCAAUUUUUCACUAUCCAUGGUUUCUGAAUGCACUGAACAUGAAAAGCUUCAUUUUUUCAAACGAAUGACUCUUUUUCGACAUUACUUUGACUACAAAACACUAAUGUCUUAUUUUAUUUAUGCUGUUCUAUUUUAUUUCAUUUGAACUAAGGCUGAAACAGUUAUGUGUCAUGAUCCAUAACUUUGACAAUAAAAAAAGA